AACUAAAUUGGAGGAAUCGAUUAUUAUUUUUAUGUGAAGACUUCAUCACUGACAUCUAUAUGUUCAUUUGUCAAUCUCCAAGAAAUAAUACAGCUCAUCGGUGGCAAUAACUGCUUUUGUUAUACACUGACAUUUAUUUGAAAAAAACCCCACCCCAACAAAUAAACAAAAAAAACCCCCAACAGACAAAACCCAACAAACCUUUUGAAGACUUGUGUCAAAUGACGUCAAUGGCCAGUUUGUUCUCCUUUACUAGCCCAGCUGUAAAGCGUCUGUUGGGCUGGAAACAAGGAGAUGAAGAGGAAAAAUGGGCAGAAAAAGCUGUUGAUGCUUUGGUAAAAAAGCUGAAAAAGAAAAAGGGUGCUAUGGAAGAACUGGAGAAAGCCUUGAGCAGUCCAGGACAGCCCAGCAAGUGUGUUACUAUUCCUCGCUCUUUAGAUGGACGACUUCAAGUUUCUCACAGAAAAGGCCUUCCCCAUGUAAUUUACUGUCGUGUUUGGCGUUGGCCUGAUCUACAGAGCCAUCACGAGCUGAAGCCAUUGGAUAUUUGUGAAUUUCCUUUUGGAUCUAAACAGAAAGAAGUCUGCAUCAAUCCAUACCACUAUAAGAGGGUGGAGAGCCCAGUUCUACCUCCAGUGUUAGUGCCUAGACAUAGUGAAUUCAAUCCACAGCACAGUCUACUAGUUCAGUUCAGGAACCUAAGCCACAAUGAACCACAUAUGCCACACAACGCAACAUUUCCAGAUUCUUUCCAGCAGCCCAACAGCACUCCAUUUUCCAUUUCGCCAAACAGUCCCUAUCCACCUUCUCCAGCCAGCAGCACUUACCCAAGCUCCCCAGCUAGCUCUGGACCAUCUAGUCCGUUUCAGCUACCGGCUGAUACUCCACCUCCUGCAUAUAUGCCCCCUGAUGAUCAAAUGGGGCAGGAUAAUUCUCAGUCUAUGGACACAAGCAAUACAAUGAUCCCUCAAAUCAUGCCAAAUAUAUCAACCAGAGAUGUUCAGCCUGUUGCCUAUGAAGAACCCAAACACUGGUGUUCGAUUGUGUAUUACGAAUUAAAUAAUCGUGUUGGGGAGGCUUUUCAUGCAUCUUCUACAAGUGUCUUAGUAGACGGAUUUACAGAUCCCUCCAAUAAUAAAAACAGGUUCUGCUUAGGUUUGCUCUCAAAUGUUAAUCGCAACUCAACAAUUGAGAACACUAGACGACAUAUUGGAAAAGGAGUUCAUCUCUACUAUGUUGGUGGGGAAGUCUAUGCUGAGUGUUUAAGUGAUAGCAGCAUAUUUGUACAGAGCAGGAACUGCAACUACCACCAUGGCUUUCAUCCGACAACUGUAUGCAAGAUUCCGAGUGGAUGCAGUCUGAAAAUUUUUAACAAUCAGGAGUUCGCUCAGCUUUUGGCUCAGUCUGUCAACCAUGGAUUUGAAGCAGUAUACGAACUCACCAAAAUGUGCACCAUUCGAAUGAGCUUUGUAAAGGGCUGGGGAGCUGAAUAUCACCGACAAGAUGUCACAAGCACCCCAUGCUGGAUAGAAAUUCAUCUCCAUGGGCCUCUCCAGUGGCUGGAUAAAGUACUUACACAAAUGGGUUCUCCUCUUAAUCCCAUCUCAUCUGUUUCAUAGUGCUGAAAUUCUAUCUUCAGCGUUAUUUUUAGCGAACUUAAUCUAAUUCUAGAGAAACUUCCAGUGUGGAUACUGUGAGCUAUAUGGAGAAUGGAUCUUAUGGUUUAACUUUUUUUUUUUUUAAAUCCCUUUGUGACCAAUUCCAUUGUGUAUAGCUAAUCAGUUUUACAUUUCAAUUUGUUCUUGUGAUGCUUAAGUGACAGUUGAGCCCUAAGGGAAAAAAGUCUAUUGAAAAAUUCGGAACGCUUUUCCCCCCCUUACCCUAGAAUUUACAGUCAUAUGUCUUAACUGGAAAAUUUUUUUCUUUUUGUCCUGUAGGGACAAGAAUUAUGAAGACUGACUUCAGAAAAUAAAUACAUAUCAUAGUUUGGGAUUUUUUUUUAAGGUUUAUGAAACUGUUUGAACAUAUGCAGCUGCAGCUUGCAAGCUGUAUUUUUAGCAUAGUUGUUUAACAUCUUAAGUUUGACAUCUGUAAUAAGUAAA